UCGCAGCUGCCGCUCCGUAGUGCGAGAGGCGUUGACAGAGAGGACUGUUGUGGUGGACAUUCUGCUUCUCCUCCGGACCGCAGCCGAACACGUCCCGUGUGUCAGUCCGAACACUGGACACAGUGCCGGGCCUCAGGUGGAAGAGCGGUCCGUUUCACCUGAAGCAGCGCAGUGUGUGGGAGCAGCUGAGUGCAGUGGGACAGUAUGAGCUCUAAAGGGGGGGGCACGGCUCUGACCCGCCGUAACUACAGACUGUCCUCAGACACAGACAAACCCAGAGCUACAGGUAUAGUGAAUGAGAAGCUGCUCAGUGAUUACCUGCAUCAUGUGUUUCCUUCAACCAAAGCGCAGGGACCUGCAGUGGCCUCCCUCAGGAAGACUCUUGGUUUCCAGGACCUGGGUGCUCACCUGGAGAGACUCCUGUCUGAGGGAGAAGCCAGCGAGGACAGCAGAGAUCAGCCCGUUGAAGGUCGUCUGGGUCCUCAGCCCGUCGUCCUCGAUCACACCAGUGGGUUUGAAGGCCUCCUGUUUGUAGAUGACGACCUGCUGGGGGUCAUCGGCCACAGCAACUUCAGCUCCAUCAGAGCCACCACCUGUGUUUACAAAGGGAAGUGGGCGUACGAGGUUCUGAUCUCCUCCCAGGGUCUGAUGCAGAUCGGCUGGUGUACUCUGAACUGUCGCUUCAACCAGGAGGAGGGAGUGGGGGACACGCCUGAUUCUUACGCCUAUGAUGGAAACAGAGUCAGGAAGUGGAACGUGACGACCACCAACUAUGGGAAGUCGUGGGCUGCAGGAGACAUCGUCAGCUGCCUGAUAGACCUGGACGAGGGAACAAUCACUUUCUGCCUGAACGGCCAGUCUCUGGGCACGGCUUUCACCAACAUUAAGAUGGGUCCAGGUGUAGCGUACUUUCCUGCCAUCAGCCUCUCCUUCAAAGAGUCGGUGGCCUUUAACUUUGGCAGCAGACCUCUCAGGUACCCUGUGGACGGGUACCUGCCCCUGCAGAACCCCCCCUCUGCAGACCUGACCAAGGCUCACAAACUGCUGGGCUACAUCAAGAAUGUCCUGUCCACCAGCAUCGACACACAGGAGGACAGGCUGCUGGAGAAGGACUGUGCCUUGUGGAGGCUUCAUGGAGAACCAACAGUCCUCAUCGCUCUGGCUCACAUCUUCAACCACUUUGCUCCUCUCAUGUGUAAAGUGUACCUGGUGGAGGACGUUCUGAUGAACUUCCUGUUGGGGAUUCUGGAGGGAGGAGGUUCAGUGGACGAACACCCGCUCAUACAGCAGCUCCUGGAUCUGUUCUGGCUGCUGAUGGAGGACUAUGAAGUGAACGAGUGUCUGAAGCAGCUGAUGAUGUCCUUGCUCAGAGCUUAUCGCUUCUCCCCCAUCAUCCCUGACCUGGGCUUCCAGAUCCAUUACCUGCGUCUGACCACAGCCAUCCUGCAUCAUGAGAAGUCCAGGAAAUACCUGCUCAACAACGUCUUGUUUGACGUCCUGCGUUCAGUCGUGUUUUUUUACAUCAAGACUCCUCUGAGGGUGAAGGAGGCGGGGUUAGAGGAGCUCAUCCCCACCACCUGGUGGCCCACGCACUUCGACAAGGAGGGUAAAGACGAGCGAGACCCUAAAGAUGAGAGUGCAGAUGAACGUCUGAGGCGUCGAGCGUAUGAGAGAGGCUGUCAGAGACUGAAGAAGAGGAUCGAAGUGGUGGAGGAGUUACAGGUUCAAAUCCUGAGGCUGCUGCUCAAUAACAAAGACAAGACGACGGGAGAAGCUUCUCGCUACAUUUUCCUCAAUAAGUUCAGGAAGUUUCUCCAGGAAAACGCCAGCAACAGAGGGCACCCCACAGCUCUGUGUCCUCCAGAGUACAUGGUGUGUUUCCUCCACCGCCUCAUCACGGCCGUGAGGAGCUGCUGGGACGAAGGGAACAGGAAGAGUCCAGGCAGCGUCAACAGUGAAGAGGCCUAUGUCCCCCCCCAGCUCUUCUACAAUGGGAAGGUGGAUUACUUUGACCUGCAGAGACUGGGGGGGCUUCUGUCCCAUCUAAAGAAAACACUCAAAGAUGACUUGGCCAGUAAGGCCAACAUCAUCAUCGACCCUGCAGAGAUCCAGGCCACGUCUAUGGACGACCUGGACGAGGACGAGGAGAGCGGAGCAGCACAGAGGCCGUUCGGCGCAGCAGCGAUGGGCGGAGCUCUGGCGAGGCCCAGCUGGUUGAGUUCUCCCACUCUGGGUCGAGCCAACCGGUUCCUGAGCACGGCCGCCGUCAGUCUGAUGACCCCCAGACGACCCCUGACCCAGCCAGAGAAGGUGAAGAUCCGAACCCUGACUGUGGAGCAGAGGACUGAGGAGGACAUCGAGGGUAGCCACGGUAAUGACGGCCUGUUGCUGGGGCGACCGCUGGAGGAGCCCGAUCAGCCGAUCGCAGACAAGUCUCUGCUGGAGAUCAUCGACGGGAUCGUCAUGAUGUACAACCUGAGUGUUCAUCAGCAGCUGGGGAAGAUGGUGGUGGUUUCAGACGACGUCCAUGAGUACGCUGUGGCUCUGAAGGACACGGAGGAGAAGAUCGCUCGAUGUCCUGCCCGGAGAGCAGACAUCCUGGAGGAGCUCCAGAAAAGCCAGAAGGUGUUUGCAGAGAAGCUGAACCACCUGAGCAGGAGACUGGCCUGGAUCAAUGCCACCAUCUACUCCAAGGAGAAGAUGCUGGACGUGUACUGGCUGCUGUGCGUCUGUAUUCGGACCAUCGAACACGCCGACAACACGGGCUCCCUGUUCGCCUUCGCUCCAGAGUUCUACCUCAAUGUCGCCAUGAACGCUUACAGCGCCCUCAAGAACUACUUCAGCCCCGCAAACAGCAUGGAGGAGCUGCCAGGAUACGAAGAAACAUUGACUCAGCUGGCUGCCAUCCUCGCCAAGCACUUCGCUGACCCACGCAUCGUCGGCACAGAUAUCAAAGACUCUCUGAUGCAGGCCCUGGCCAGCUACGUCUGCUACCCACAAUCCCUCAGGGCAGUGGAGCGGAUCCCAGAGGAGCAACGUGUGGCCAUGAUGAGGAACCUGUUGGCUCCGUAUGAACAGAGACCCUGGGCUCAGACCAACUGGAUCCUGGUCAGACUCUGGAGGGGCUGUGGGUUUGGAUACAGAUACACUCGCCUUCCUCACCUGCUGAAAACCAAACCUGAGGACGCCAACCUGCCCAGCCUGCAGAAGCCGUGUCCGUCGUUGCUGCUGCAGAGACACAUGGCGGAGCUGCUGAGCAUGGACAAAGACAUGGCCGCCUCCUUCCUCAACAGCGUCCUAAACCAGCUCAACUGGGCUUUCUCCGAGUUCAUCGGCAUGAUCCAGGAGAUCCAACAGGCUGCAGAACGUCCAGAGAGAAACUUUGUGGACACUCGACAGCUGAAGGUGUGUGCGACCUGCUUCGACCUGUCCGUCAGUCUGCUGCGUGUCCUGGAGAUGACCGUCACUCUGGUCCCUGAGAUCUUCCUGGACUGGUCCAGACCCUCUGCAGAGCUGCUCCUCAGACGACUGGCUCAGCUGUUGAACCAGGUGUUAAACCGAGUGACGGCAGAGAAGAACCUGUUCGACCGAGUCGUCAACUUAAGACUGCCAGGUCUGGAGUCUGUAGACCACUACCCGAUCCUGGUCGCUGUUACAGGGAUCCUGGUUCGAAUCCUGGUGGAUGGAGACAGACAGGGGAUAUCUCGAGCUGCCUCCGUCCUGCUCUCUGACCCUUGUUUCCAGCUCCACUCCAUCCAGCACCUGUUAGGAGAGGGGGGGGACUCCUCCAGCUCCUCGGCAGCCGUCGCCCCCGCCGCCCGGCCCGUGGUCGGGUCGCUGGGGUCGUCGGUGGCCCCUCCCAUCCCGUCAGCCGCUGGAACCGCAGGCUCUUCAGAGAGGAAACACUUCUCCCUGCACUCAUACACAGACUACAUCAGUGAGGAUGAGAAACAGAAGGUGGAGCUGAUGUUGGCGUUUCUCACAGAAGAGUCCAAACAGGCCGCAGCCAGCACAGCUCCAACCAGUGAAGAAGACCUCUGCCCCAUCUGCUACGCUCACUCCAUCUCUGCCAUCUUCAAACCCUGCUCACACAAGUCCUGCAAAGCCUGUAUCAACCAGCACCUGAUGAACAACAAGGACUGUUUCUUCUGCAAAGCCACCAUCACCGGGGUCGAAGACUACAGCAAGCCCGCCUCCUCCUAACACACACACCUCACACACCUCACACACCUCACACACACCUGACCCAUGUUAGCUGUAAAGAUCACAAGAAUAGUUUAAAGAGUGUGAGACUGACUCAGACUCAGACCUUCAUCCUCAGACAUCAGUGAACCCAAAGAUUCCUCUCAGUCCUGUCCUCAGCAGCUCGCUGAAAUCCACUUCCUGUUUCUACUGGAACAGUUUGACAUCCUGGUCUCUGGAUAUCGACCUGUGUUGUGUUAGACCCUGAAGACGUCCUGUCUCCACCUGUCUGACACAGCAGACGUUAACCUGCAGCUGAGACUGACUCUGACUCACCUGGAUGCAGGUGAACGAGCCUCGUCUCACCUGUUCAGCAGAGCAGAAGUUCAGUUAUCUGUUUCACAUUUUACUAAACGCUUCAGAGCUCAGGAGAAAAAGACAAAAACAGAAACGCCUACGUUCACUUCCCGAUCAUCAGUCUCCGUGUUACCUUCACCUAAUUGGUCACGUUCUGAUCAUGUGACUUGUUUCAGCCUCGACUCUCAGAGGUGAAUGUAACAUGGAGGAUGAGUCUGAGCUCAGUGUUAGCUUGUGUUUCUACUUCCUGUUCACACCUGUCAUGUGAUGUGUGUUCUCAGGUGUGUUAGUGUGGACAGGCUGCGUCACUGACAGGUUUUACAGCUCAUCAUGUGUCUGAGUUUAAACCUGAAGCAGCAGCUCUGAUGAAGAUGAAGAUGAUUCCACAGCUUCCUCUGCAGGUUCAGACCCAGGCUGACUUUAUCCUCUGCAGUGGAAACACACACACACACACACACACACAGGUCUGCUGAGGGCUGAACAACAAAAAAUAUCAUGAUGUAGACAGAUGGCAGGAGACUCAGUGUUCUCUGUACAACACACACACACACACACAACACACACACAGAGAACAGAGUAGUGGUUGGGAGGACAGCAGCGUCCUUGGCUGUGAGAACUCACUGUCAUAUUAACACAACAACUCACCUCUACCUGUCAGCACAGGUACACCACACACACAAACACACACAGACGGGUCCUUACAGAGGAACAGGAUGGUGGGUGUAUACAUCACCUUUACCUCUGUGCAGACACACACACACACACACACACACACACACACACACACACACACUGUACAGAGCAGUCACUCAGGCUGUCACAUAGAGAACUGAUGGACUCUGGUGUUUCUGAGACACAGAUGUGAAACUGUUCCUUUAAGGGACUCGGACUCUGCUGAUCCUCCUCCCGUCAGGUCCAGAUUAAACCUCAAUCCAACCUCUGGUGCUGGACUUUGUUACUGUUGAAACCUCAAACUGAACCUGAGUCAUGUGACAGAGUGGUUUUUACCUGUGUGUCGCUCCCUGACGUCGGCCUCCUCUCUGAGCUGGAAUCAUUUUCUACCAACUUAGAUAGUUUGCUCUAACAGAGACCAUGUUAAUGUCCAGGAUCUGAGCUGACUGUGAUCAGUAGGAAUGUGUUUCUGUGUUAACGUCAGGACUCAGAGCAGAGGAUUCACUUCAUUUCUUUUCCUGUUGUCGUCAGUUUGUUCAGAGUCCAUCAGCUGCACGAGUCAAAUCAAUGGAAAAUAGAAAUGUUUAAAACAUAAAGAGGAAUAUUUGAACAAGUCAGUGAAUUAUUCAGUUAGCUGUUUUUCCAUUUUUCUCCUCUGUUUUUGCAUUUGCACUUUUCAGUUUAACAGUUUUACAUUUAAUUUUCCAACCAGUUCAGAAUCCCAUGUAUUUAUUCUUUGUUUCCCUUUUCUCUCUAACAUGAACUCCUGACCUGAUAAAACAAAUAUUUUCAUUUGACUUCUGGCUCUAAUGAGAGUGAAUGUAUUUUAAACUCAGCUGCCAGUUUCAUUUUUAUGGUUCUUAUUAUCUUUGGAGAUGAAAACAAGUAAUAAUAAUAAUAAUGAUACUAAGAGCUGAGGCCCUGUGAGUUUUCAGUGUGUUGAUGAUGGACUGAGCGUUGACAGACGUGUGUUUUCCUCUAUAUGAAGUGGUAGUGGUACUUCCUGCAGUAUUUAAAGCAUGUGUGAUGAGUGCAGGUUUCCACAGAGCAGAGCCUCAGUGCUGCUGCUGCUCUGAGCAAUAUCACCGUUUGUGUUUGAACCAUUUAUCUUGUUUCUGGGACGAGGGAGGGAACAGAGGACGUCUGCGAUGGACGGACUUAUUGCUUUCCAUUUCUCCUUUGUGAGUGAGAGUGCACAUAUAUUGACGAUGUAACUGCAUUAAAUUAUUUAUCCUAAACCAACAAA